AUGAGCGUCGGGCACGGGGGAGGCCGUGCGGCCGCCAUCAGCUACGCCCUUCCCUCCAUCCCUUCCAACAAACUCCCGGAUUUGCGUUUUAUCAGCCGUGGAGCUUACGGUACCGUGUCCGCCGCCCGCCAUGCCGACUGGAGGGUCCCGGUGGCCCUCAAAUGCCUGCAGGGGCCGCUGCUAGACAGUGAUAGAAACCACCUUCUAAAAGAGGCAGAGAUAUUACACAAAGCCAGGUUUAGUUACAUUCUGCCAAUUUUGGGAAUUUGCAACGAGCCUGAAUUUCUGGGGAUAGUAACAGAAUACAUGACAAAUGGGUCAUUAAACCAGCUUUUACAUGGGAAAGAUUUAUAUCCUGACAUUCCCUGGUGCCUGAGAUUCCGCUUCCUGUAUGAAGUUGCUUUGGGAGUAAACUAUUUGCACAACAUGAAUCCUCCAUUGCUGCACCAUGACUUGAAAACCCAAAAUAUUUUGCUGGAUGAUGAAUUUCAUGUGAAGAUUGCAGAUUUUGGCAUGUCAAAAUGGCGUGUCAUAUCCAUGUCACAAUCACGAAGUGAAUCCUCUUUGCCAGAAGGAGGAACAAUUAUCUACAUGCCACCUGAAGAUUACAAUCCCAGUCAGAAAACCCGUGCCAGUGUAAAACACGAUAUGUACAGUUAUGCAAUUAUAAUGUGGGAAGUGAUGUCAAGGAAACAGCCUUUUGAAGAAGUUAUAAACCCCUUGCAGAUAAUGUACAGUGUGUCACAAGGACAGCGACUGGACUUAAGUGAAAAGAGUUUAUCAAUGGACAUUCCUCAUCGAGCGCUCAUCAUAAGAUUGAUAGGAAGUGGAUGGGCACAAAACCCAGAUGAAAGACCAUCGUUCUUAAAAUGCUUAAUAGACUUUGAGCCAGUCCUGCGAACGUUUGAUGAAUUAGCCAUGCUGGAAGCAGUAAUUCUGUUAAAGAGAUCAAAGUCACUGUAUGAAUCACGGUGUCUUAGCAAGAGUGGCAAGAAAGCAGAUGUGCAGCAGAUACCUCUAAAUGUACCUCUGAAUCCUCAGGAGGAAGCAUAUUCUGACUCCAUACAGUGUGAUGCACUUCCCCUUCGGAGCAUCCCUCCAGAUAUAUCAAAACUCAAGGGCAAUAUCCUCUCCUCAGAUGGAAGUUCUGGAGGUCUACACUCUCUCAGCAGUCAUAGCAUGGAUGAGAAUAUCUCUGUAAUUCAGAGCGCCAAACUUCUCGUGCAUCCAUACAGCAGUUUACCCUCUUCUGACAAAAAUAUUUCAGACACUUCAAGUUCCACAUCACCAGUUCCUUCAGAUUUUGUUUUGGAAACCAUACAACAGAAUGUAGCUCAUCAAUGGAUCCAAAGUAAAAGAGAGGAAAUUAUUGAUCAGAUGACUGAAGCAUGUUUGAAUCAAUCACUGGAUGCCCUUCUAGCAAGGUUUUUACUCAUGAAAGAAGAUUAUGAACUUAUAAGCACCAAACCUACAAGGACAUCAAAAGUCCGCCAACUACUUGAUACUUCAGAUAGCCAAGGAGAGGAAUUUGCCAGAAUUAUAAUACAAAAGUUGAAAGACAACAAACAGCUGGGACUUCAACCUUAUCCAGACAUUGCAUCUAAUUCUCUAAGACUGCACCUUUAGAUUUAUUCUUCCUGUGUGAAACCAUGGGAAUAUUUCUUAGUACACCAUUCU